AUGAAAUCUACAUCCAGUGAAAUACUCGAUUAUCAUUGCCGCCUUGAAAGUCCAACAUCACUAGGACGUUCAGGUGUUAGUCAAAUAUAUCAAGGACAUGCACUUCAAAGUGAGGGAUAUAAAAUAUUACUCAAAUUAUUUCCUCAACUAAAAGAUAAGUUAUUCAAUGAAUAUGAUGUUCGUGCUUAUUCAAUGAAAACUGAAGCAAGACUCAUGGCUGAGGGUGUAUUCGUAAAUCAAAAUUUAACCGAAGACGUUGACUGGUUUGGUGUUGAUCGUUUUACAUUUGAAAUAAUUUUGAGAAAAGAACUGCGUUUGAAAUUUGAUGAUCAAAUUGAAUGGAAAUGUAAUACUAGAGUAAUGGGUUUAAUUGUUGAUCAAUCAUUAAAUAUUGUUAAAGGUAUAAAAUAUCGAUCGAAGAAAAAUAUUGAUUCAUCAUCGUUUGAUAUGUAUGGUGAUUUUAUUAUUGAUUGUACUGGUCGAAAUACAUCGUCACCUAAGUGGUUAAAAGAGAGUUUCAAUUUAAUUGUACCAACUAUACAGAUACAUUUUGGUUUUGCUAAUGUUACAUUUAUUGGUGAAAGAUUUCGAACUGGUGAUUUGUCGCUCGAUUCAGCGACUGUUAUUGGUACCACAGUUAACCCUCCUCAUAAAAAUGUUGGAUUUCUUGCAUCUCCAAUACGUAUACUAAAAACAAUUGAUGAUAGUUCAUUGGGAACAAUGACAGUAUUUAGCAUAAAUUGCGUUAAUUCAGAAUAUCCACCAAAUGAUUCAUAUGAAAAUUUAUUAGAAUGGGUAAAAGAAAAUCUAGACAUAGAAUAUUAUACGAUACUAAAACAAGUAAAAGUUUAUAGUCAAUUAAUUCCAUAUCGUCGUGCGAUCGAUGAUCGAAAGUAUGUCGAAUUAUUAGGUAAAAAAUGGCCUCAAAAUUAUAUAUUAUUAGGUGAUGCUAUGUGUACAUUUAAUCCUCUGUAUGGGCAAGGUAUGACACACGCAUUUAGACAUGCGAGAGAAUUGGGAAAAAUAUUUGGCGAGAGUUGCCAUAAAUUAAAAGACAUCUCUCACAUUUUUAAUCGUCGUGCUUCAGUAAUUACUGAAGAAUGUUGGCUUGCUUCAACUGCAAAUGAUUGGAGAACACCAACAUUAAAAGUGAUUGAAACAAAUAAAAAUGGUGAUGUUAAAAUUUAUCAACGAGAUAGUGAUUCAGCUACGACUAAUUAUCCUCAACCACGAAUACCUUUGAUGAUUCGAUUUAUGCAAUGGUAUAGUCAUUGGCUCCUUCAAUGUGCAUCAAAAUCCGGACAAUUAGCUACAGAUUUUAUUCGUGUUGUGACUCAACAGAGCAAUCCAUUAAUAUUAAUGAAACCUACAACAUUCUUCGCAGUCAUUCAUAUUGCAUUAAUGAAUUAUUUAAAGGACUGGGGCCUAUUUGGUGGAAGAUCGGCCCGUAAUACUUUCUGA